AUGGACGAGGAGAUUGUCUCUGCAAAAAAAGAGGUGCUUAUUGAAAUGGUGAAAUUGGCGCAAAAGAGAGGAAUGAUAGGUAGUCAAGGAGGCUGGAAAGAUUUUUUAAAAUUUUAUGACAAGAAGUUUGGUGCAAGUGUGAGCGACCCUGCCCGAAGGUCUGUUGAUUCAUUGGUUGCAUUUUUGAAAUCUUUUACCCAGGAGAAUGAUUUGAAGUUUCUCAAGAAAGUAAUGCAGUGUCACUCCAACCGUGAAGCUGUGGAGACAUUAAAAAAAUCUUCCCCACAUAAUGAAACACCUGAACAGAGGCUGGUCAGUAUGACUUUAGGGCAUCCUCAGUAUUCGACUGAUUAUGCUCUACCGUCGUAUGAUGAGGAGUGGUUGGUUGUAAAAUGCAGUAAAAAGUCCAAGGCCAUGAAGUCAACGGUAAUCGUCGCCAUUGAUUGUGAGAUGGUUCUUUGUGAAGAUGGGACUGAAGCUUUAGUAAGGGUGUGUGCUGUGGACCGUAAUUUACAGGUUAAACUUGAUGUAUUUGUGAACCCCAAUAAAGCAAUUGCAGAUUACCGAACUGAGAUAACUGGAAUUUCUGCAAAAGAGCUAGAUGGAGUUACUUGUUCAUUGACAGAUGUACAGAAAUCCAUGAAGAAGUUAUUAUCACAUGGAACCAUUUUAGUUGGCCACAGUCUGAACAAUGAUCUUCAAGCACUGAAGUUAGAAUAUACUAGAAUAAUUGACACGUCUUAUGUCUUCAAACGUGCAAAUGGACCUGCUUACAAAAAACCUUCUUUGAGUUUGCUAUGUAAGGGCGUGUUAGGUUAUGAGCUUCGGAAGGAGGGGAGUCCGCAUAACUGUCUAGAUGAUGCUUGUGCUGCAAUGAAACUUGUUCUGGCUAGAUUAGAGCAUGGAGCUGAUGGUGUUAUUCCCGAGGAGGUGAAAGAUGUAGAUUCAGCCAAGCUGCUGCUUCACAGGAUUCCAGUUAAUAUUUCUACCAAAGAUUUGCAGAGUGUUAUUCCAGGGGACUUUGAGAUUGAAGUGAAGGCAAGCAAAAAGGUUCGAGAUACAUAUUCUGCCCUUGCAAUUUUCGGAAAUCAGCAAGAAGCCAAUGAAACAUUUGAUAAUCUUCAGGGCAACCUAGAGAAGGACUCAACUGGCCGACCCCAAAAAGUCUUCACUUUUGAGCUAAGUACAGGGAUAGCUGCUAGUUUGUGUGUUUGUAAGAUGGCUUGUGAUGAUUCUGUUGACCAAGUUACAUUGAGGAAGAGGUCAUUUGAAGAUGAGGACAACUUGGGUGCAUUGAAGAAGUUAAGGAAAGACAAGAAUUGUGAACAACUCACGGAGCUGGAGUUGAGCUUAAAUAAGUGCGAGGCACAGUCCAAAGAGAUUGAAAGACUGAAGCAAGAGCUAAGACAGAGAGAUCAGGAAAUAUCGAACUUGAACAAAAUAUUAGUCGCCCUCACUAGGAAACAAGGACUCUGA